CGGCUGGUGACUUAUGGCGAGUUACCGAAGAAAAGAGCGAAGCUGAGAUUUGUUGCCAGUCAUGUCAACCAAUGGGAGCUCAGAGAUAAGCUGCAAGUCAGGUGUUAGACCCUCAAACAACACCUGCAGUCAGUCUGUCACCGCGUCUGUCAUUUCGAUGACUGUGGGCAUCUUCUCCAACAGCCUUGCUCUUUUCAUUCUGCUCAGAUCCUACAACCGAAUCCGGAUCAAGUCUAAGGCAUCUUUCCUGCUGUUUGCCAGCAGUCUGGUGAUCACAGACCUGCUCGGUCACCUCAUCAAUGGCUCCCUGGUGCUAUUUGUCUACAGCUCCCAAAAAAAAUGGGAGUUAUUUGAUCCUCACCGCAUUGUGUGCACCAUCUUUGGUGUAUGCAUGGUGUUUUUUGGCCUGAGCCCUUUGUUCCUAGGAGGUGUCAUGGCUGUGGAACGAUGCAUUGGAGUGACCAGACCUAUCUUCCACUCCACAGUGUUAGCUUCCCGCCACAUGAAAAGGCUGCUGGGGAUCACCUGGUUGCUCGCAGGCCUGGUGGCUGUGCUACCUGUGCUGCUGUGGAGACCCUACAAGAUUCAAAGCUCCAGGAGUUGGUGCUUCUUCCACAUGGAACAACCCAAAGACUGGCUGGAUGUGCUCCUGCCAUUGAUCUUUUCUCUGCUGGGUUUAUUCGCACUGCUACUCUCCAUUGUUUGCAACACACUUACAAGUUUUGCUCUGCUGCAAGCCAGACUGCGCCGCAAGCAUCACUGCAGGGGCACUGCCUACCACCUGGAGAUGAUCUGCCAGCUCCUGGCCAUUAUGCUGGUGUCCUGCGUCUGCUGGGGCCCAUUACUGAUCCAAAUCAUCAUCUUGAGCACCAAGGCCAAAGAGGAGUCUGCAUCCUCGAGUCUGCUGACAGUGAUUCGUAUGGCCACAUGGAACCAGAUCCUGGACCCCUGGGUCUACAUCCUGCUGAGGAAGGCUGUGCUGAGGAAAAUGUUCACAUUGUUUUACAGCUGCUGGGGCUCAAAGUCUCAUAAUCUACACCGCUGGCAGCGAAAUAUGCUCCACAGCUCAGUGGAUACCAGCCACUCCGGUGCGGCUGCAUCUGAAUGCCACUACCUUGCCAGACUGCCUCUGCCAGACACUGCCAUUAAAUGCAUCACCUAA